UCGCCGUUGGUGAGCGGAGGCGUGCGGAAACGGAACGGUCCUCCAGCUGCCCAGCUCGCGCCGCGGUCGCCGGCUGCUGACGUGGGCGGCCCUGGUGGGGGCCGUGGGUGUGGGUCGCCAUGGCGGUGGACAUCACACUGCUGUUCCGGGCCAGCGUCAAGACCGUGAAGACGCGCAACAAAGCGCUGGGAGUGGCAGUGGGCGGCGGGGUCGAGGGCAGCCGCGACGAGCUGUUCCGCCGGAGCCCCCGGCCUAAGGGCGACUUCUCCAGCCGGGCGCGCGAAGUGAUUUCACACAUUGGCAAACUGAGAGAUUUUCUUCUCGAACACAGGAAAGAUUAUAUUAAUGCUUAUAGCCAUGUCAUGUCUGAAUAUGGGAGAAUGACGGACACAGAACGAGACCAGAUAGACCAGGAUGCUCAGACAUUCAUGAGGACCUGCUCAGAAGCGAUCCAGCAGCUGAGAACACAAGCCCACAAGGAGAUACAUUCCCAGCAAGUGAAGGAGCACAGGAGUGCUGUUUUGGAUUUCAUUGAAGAUUACUUAAAAAGAGUAUGUAAACUUUACUCAGAACAAAGAGCCAUCCGAGUUAAGCGAGUGGUGGACAAGAAAAGAUUAUCUAAGCUGGAACCAGAACCAAAUACAAAGACAAGACAAUCCAUGUCUUCUGAGAAAGUUUCACAGAAUCCUUCAAAAGACUCUGAAGAAAGACCUGUCACUGAAGAAUUUCCAGAAAAGAUUCCGGCCGAAGCACAACCUGAAUUGGGAACCUGGGGAGAUGGGAAAGGUGAAGAUGAAUUAUCCCCAGAAGAAAUACAAAUGUUCGAACAAGAAAAUCAGCGCCUGAUUGGUGAAAUGAACAGCCUGUUUGACGAAGUGAGGCAAAUCGAAGGGAAAGUGGUUGAAAUUUCCAGACUCCAAGAGAUAUUCACAGAGAAGGUUUUACAACAAGAAGCUGAGAUUGACAGUAUUCACCAAUUAGUAGUAGGAGCAACUGAGAAUAUCAAGGAGGGCAAUGAAGACAUCAGAGAGGCCAUCAAGAACAACGCUGGCUUCCGCGUGUGGGUGCUCUUCUUCCUGGUGAUGUGCUCCUUCUCCCUGCUCUUCCUCGACUGGUACGACAGCUAGGCGGCCACACCCGGCAGACGGCGCGCUGGGCGCGCUGUCGUGGUCCCUGGCGUUGGAGCCAUCGGUGGGGAGGGGGCACGGAGAUAUGUACUCACAAAAGGGACACCCGACUUGUGGUUUUAAGCCCAUGUAGUAGCUGAAAAAGAAAACAACACAACUAAACGUGGUCUGCGUCACAAGCCUGCGGCCAGAGGGAAGGAACCGGGGGUGAUUAUUCCUGCACCUGAUGGGGCCGCCCCGGGGAGCGGGGAGCCGCCUCCUCCGCAGGAGCCACGCGGGCCUCCUGCUCCACAGACGUCUCAGGCUUGGAGGCGGCGCCGGCCUUUCCCUCCCGGUGGCAGCAGGAAGAGCACUGGCCAGUAGCUUCUCACAGCACAUGAUGGAUUGUUUCCUGGGCUUCCUGUCUGCCUCAGCCAACUGAUACACAGACUCAUCGCGCAGUAGAGAAGAUAUCACCUUCGCCCUGGGAGUCUAGUGCAUACAACUACAGCCAUUUAAUGUAUUAUUGGUGGGUCCAAGGUUAGAAAGUCAGUGCGUGCCCACCUGCCUCCUGCCUGGGAAGAAGUGUGCGGACGGGGCCUGGCUCCCCUCAGAAAUGCUGCCCCCAACACUCUCCUGAUGGGUGGGCAGGGGGUGGGGAAGGCCCAACUUGCGGCCACUGGGGCCCAUGGAGCUUCAUCCAGAGGAGGACUUGGGCCUCUCCACCCCCCAGAGCCCCAGGAAUCAGGAACGCCUGCUUGUACUCAGGCACAAGGCACCUGCGGCCACAUCUGUGCAGAAAGCGCCCAGUGCGCAUGGGCCCCCAGGGUGUGGGUUCGAGGGCUCUGCAGACAGUCCGGGGAGCACCACGGGGAUCCUGUGUUCUUUAUUUGCACAGAGGGAAAAUGUCAAAAGUUACAUGUGAAUGAGCUUACAGUCAAUAAAAUACAUGUCUCCUAGAAAAUACAAAUAGGGUUGCCUUGACACUGCAUUGACACGGGCUGGAAUCUGCUGAUAGAUGCUAUCUCCACAGAAGUUCUGGCGCGCGGUUAUUGCUCUUAUGCGUCGGCACAGCUUCACAACGUCCAUGACUCUACGCCCGCCCACUGCUCCGAGGUCAUGGUCGUCGUUUCCAAACACCCUUGAUAAUAAAAUAUACUGUAUGUUUUGGAAGCACAUUUCAGGAAACAGUAAUGGAGUUGGCCAUGACCACCAUGCUUGUUCGCAACAGAUCUUGCACUAUUUGUCAUUUAUUUUUGAUCUAAAAAAACAGUGAAACUUUUGACAUGUCCACCAGAAACAACACAUUUAAAUAACAUGGAAGAAAAUGUCCAUGAACGUCUUUUUUUCUAUUUAAUCAUCUUACACACUUAGUUUAUCUAACUGGCAAUUUUGUAAACAUAUACUUUAAUGUCAAGAUUCAGGAUGAAACAUAAUUGUCUUACAAAGAUUGUGAAUGAAAAUGUCAUAACUGGACUUGCAAGGUGCGACGCCAGCCCCCCUCCCAGCCUUUCCUGCCUGCUUCUUACAUCAAAGGAGUUACAUCUGUCCCACAAAAUAAAAAUUAAAGUAGCCUUGGCUUACCAGCAAUUACACUUUCACUUUUCUCACCCAGCUAAUUGUUUUAAAACUAAGUAGCUAAUACAGCUGUCGGUGCAAACUUAUUCAUAAUAGAUGUGAACAAAAGGGCCGGUAGGUUUCAUUCCUACUCAGCCCAUCACAGAGCAGACAGACUAGCUACAGGGAGACGGGUUCUGCAGCCUGUGGCCCAGGAUCCCCUCUUCCCAGAGUCCCCACCUCACAUGCUCUGACCCAGUCCACAUGCACUGAGGGAAACACGGCUCCCCUGCCCAGCGGGCGCCCUCUGUACCGAGAGGCAGCCUUCUGCCUGCAGCAGUGACCCCUGCCCGAGCCGACCUGCCGCAGCGCCUGCGCACUCAGGAGUGAGCACGGGGCAGGCGAGGGCACAACUGCGACCUGAUGGCAUCUUUCCUUCCUUCCCUCUGACGCUCACUAUGGUGCAUCUUGACCACUGGCACUAUUGCCAUUGGCGGGAGGGGGGAAGAAACGUGCAGUACAGCUUGCUCUUAGCAAAGCAAGGGAUCACUCUAGAUACGGCUAUGGUGUAAGGUCUGCAAACGGCAAGGUGGUUUUAAAAAAAAAAAACAAUCCCACAAAA